AUGACUACUGAUCGUCUCUCUACCUCAUCCGUUGCCGCUGCCGUUGCCAAUCAGGAUUCGGAUGGUGGCCAAGUCAUGUCAUCAAAUAAUCUCUCAUGUUUGGUUGCGGAGAUUUUGGUCGCGGGUUCCUCUUUUGGGUCUUUACUUCUAAACGCAAUACCUCCGAUAAUCACCUGGACUGUUGUAAUGGCAUGUUUACAUGAGAAUGAGUAUUUUUGUGCUGCCUUGGCUUUUGACCCUAUUGAAUCGAAUCACUUCAGAGUUGUUCGAAUUGAUUAUUCCCGACAACUGACUUCCUUGAACUCAACCUCAACCUCAACCUCAGCCCCGUUGGACAUGGUCAUGGACAUAUUUUCAUCGCAGUCGAGACAGUGGGUUCGACAUGGCCUAACUAGUUCAGGGAAAAUUUUGGGUAUUGACCUCAAUACUAUUAAAGCUCGUGCCUUUGAUCUCCCUCAUGGCCCUGAGGAUGAUGAUGCUGAUGAUAAUAAGACGGGUGCAACAACAAUGGGAAUGGAAUGUCUUGGGAUCUCAAGGGGCCUUGUUUGUUAUGUAAAGCGUGAUAAUUCAAAAAUUAUUCGGUUUUGGUCUUAUGAUGAUCGACAAUGCACAUCUGGUUCCGGUAGUGAUCAUUGGACUCUCAAACAUAGUGUUUCUGAAGAAGUCCUGCAAGAUCGGGUUAUGAUUCUUUUAAUCAUGAGAUAUAAAGAUCCUGUAAUGUCUUCUUUUGAUCAGGAUGAUCCGAUUAAACCUUAUGCAAUAUGUCCAAAUUCUCAUGUCCUUUUCUUUGGCACUUUAAAUUGGAUCGGCAGUUGCAAUUUUGAAAACCGAAGGGUGGAACUCAUCGGUAAAGGAAAAUGUACAAUAGCUUCACCUGGUUAUCACUCUCCUUUCUUUACACUAAGUCCGUGCUUGAUACCUUUCUACUGUUUGGGUGAGAGGAAUGCCUGCUCAACUCCAAUAAUGUAA